ACGUUAAUAUUUUCCACUUACGGAGAUGUUCUCAACCUUGACUGUUCAUCCGAAUCAUCUGGAGAGAUUUUUGAACCUAUGCCCAAGAUCCACCUCAGAUCGAUUAAAUCAGCACAUAGCUCUAGGAAUGGGGCAGGGGCACGUUUUAAAAACUCUCCAGGUGAUGAUUACAGGUGCAGCUGGGGUUGGGAGCCAUGGUUAGAGAUGCUUAACCUUCUAAUAGUGGUGUGGACCCUUGGCGCCGACAGCCAACGUGGAAGUCCCCUUACUCCCACCCAACCUGCACCAGGGCCGCAGGUCUCAAAAUGUGGUCGUUGCACCAGCAGCAAUGGCCUCACCAGGGAACUUGUUAGAAAGGCCUUUUCGGGGGGUACAUGCCCUACUGCUGAACCGGAAACUCUGAGCUGGGGCCCAGCAACCUGUAUGAGAGCUUUCCAGGAGGUUCUGAUGCUCCUAACAUUUGGGGACCAUGUUUGGGGACCAGGAGCAGAGGUCCCACUGUCCAGAGGUGGCAUCUUGUUUGUUUCUGUGUUUUCACACUCGUGUGCACUGUGCUCGUGGCCAUCUGCGUUGGUUUUCAAGGAUUAUUUUGACUCUUGGGUGAUCCCCUUCCUCAGACUAAAGGUCACCUUCACCAGGUGUGAGAUACAACCGCGCCCUCAUUCCGCAGCUGGAGGUAGCUGCUCUGUGACAUCACAGCCCUGCCCCCACACCUAUCACAGUGCCACAGGUGUUUUAGGCUGGAGCAGCCCCACAACACUCAAAAGUACCAGGCGAGGGGCGUACCUGGAGCCCGAAUGGGUGAGUGGAAAGGCUACAUCAGUGCAGUGCUGCGAGACCAGCGCAUCGACGAUGUGGCCAUUGUGGGCCACUCGGACAACCGUUGCGUGUGGGCAUCGCGGCCUGGGGGCCUGCUGGCAGCCAUCUCACCGCAGGAGGUGGGCGUGCUCACCGGGCCUGACCGUUGCACCUUUCUGCAGGCGGGCCUGAGCGUGGCCGGCCGCCGCUGCUGCGUUAUCCGGGACCACCUGCAGGAGGAGGGUGAUGGUGUGCUGGACGCGCGCACCAAGGGGCUGGAUGGGCGCGCCCUCUGCGUGGGCCACACGCCGCGAGUGCUCCUCGUGCUCAUGGGCCGUCGGGGUGUGCACGGGGGCAUCCUCAACAAGACGACACAUGACCUGAUCAAGUGGCUGGGCACUCAGGGCACCUAGCAGUGCAGCCACGUUGGCAGUGGAACCACAAUAAAGGCAGACCUGGACACGGCCCACAUCCUCCCAUUGUGUGGGGGAAGGGGACAGGUUGCUGAGGGGGACACUGGCUUCCCGCAAGGUGCUUGCUGAAGGUUUACCUGGUAGGGUUGGGAUCCUGGGUCCAGAGGCUCCCCAGCCUCCCAUGCCCUGGACCUGGCCCUUCUGUGGGUGCCCUGCAGAGGCCCCUGACUGGCUCCCCAGGCCAGAGUCAGGGGUGGGGACCUCGAAGUCUUCCCAGGGUCCUAGGGACACUACAUCUGAGUAAGAGCCCUAGGGAGCAGCCUUCUCAAACCCUCUUGCUCAGGGCCGAACAUGCUUUCCCACAAAAUUUUCCCCACAUGCUUUGGAUGGAUGGAGUGGUUCUGUGUGGAAUGUGCAUAGGUCUGCAAAC